GGUUUACUACGUCAUCGGCGCACUGCCACCACAACAACCGGAGCGCGAGCCGUUAGCAGUUAGCCGGUCAGAUGUUCAUAUAGUCUUAUAUUUAUACUGAUUUAUUUGUUAUUUAGUUGAUUGUUAGCGUUUUAAUGCACUUUACGGAGCAGCAUGUUUAGGUUUCUGACUGCAGUUUGUUAGUUUUGGAGUUCAGCCUCUGUUUUAAGGCAUUGUUAUUAGACUGCUACACAAAGCUCCGCUGUUUUAUUUUGUUUAAUUUAACCUCGGUAACAAUAUUAAUUUAGUGAGUAAAUUUAAAUCCCAAGUCUGAAGCUGAGUUUUGAAUUCUCCAUUCACCAGUUUGGGUCUACAAAUAUUAGUAAAUAGUCUAAAUUAAAGUAAUUUGGCAACAGAUGAUCACUAACAUGCUUAUUUUUAUAAAGCUGUAAUGUGAAAAUGAACGCAGUCUGUACAAAAUAAAAGGAUGUAUGCAUGGAUUUAAAUUAGCAAUUCUAUAAACAUAACAGUAACUUGACAUUUCUGAAUUGACUACAUGACAUUAAAAUAUAUGAUCUGUAAGUAAUGUAACCUAACUAACUAAAUAGGUUAACCUAUCUCCUUAAACUGGACAUAGAGUAGGAUGGGCCAACUCCAAGCCUUACAGUAAGCUCAGAAUAAAACACAGCAUAUUUAAUGAUGGACAAUGAAGAAGAUCACUUGGAAUCACUUGGAGAGAAACUGUAUGACCUGAUUCUUCAUAAACAUGCAGAUAUGGCUCCAAAAUUAACAGGAAUGCUGCUGGAAUUGCCAGGAGCUGUGAUUGGUCAGAUGCUGCAGGAUGAGGAGCUCCUUACUAAAGCACUGGAUCGAGCACUUGCAGUGUUGCAGCCUGAUGACAGCAAACUCCCAUCCAAGGCUGAUGAUGCAGAUUCUGUAUCCUCUGACUCUCUGGGUGAACAGCUGUACAACCUCAUCGAACUCUACAACACCGGACAAACUCAGAAAAUAACAGGUAUGCUAUUAGAGCAGAAAAAAGAGGCAGUGCUUAAGCUGCUGUCAGAUCCAACCCUAUUGGAGGAAAAAGUCCAAACUGCCCUUAAAACAUUACAAGAUAGUGGGAAGGUCCAGCAGGAGACUGACGUGAGUGACAGCUCAGACAGAGAUGAAGUAGAAGCAAUCGGAGAAACACUUUUUGGACUCGUACAAGAUAUAGAGCCUGUCCACUGCGCUGACAUCACAGGGAUGCUGUUAGAAAUGGACUCUGAGACCCUGCAACAGAUUAUGUCUGAUCGAGUCAUGCUGGAGGUUGCAGUGCAACGGGCAAAAAGUGCUCUGGAGGGCGCCCUGAGUCCGCCACAACCAAGGAAGGAUUAAAAUGUUUCAUUGCUUUAAACCAUCCUGCUAUAUAAUCAUAAAGAGCUGUGGACAUUUAUAUUCUAAGCUGGAAACCUGAAAGGCCUAGACUUCCAUGAACAGUCCUGUUCCAGCUUGAACUAUGCCACUGCUGUUUCACUCCUUUAGUCCCUGUUCAGUUCAGUUCAGCUCAUCAGCUGGCUGAAAUCCAGUGCUGGAUCUAUUCAGUGGGCUUUAGAAAGCUGCAGGCCAGGACCUAGCCCACCAGGGGAUGCUACAGGGUAAAAAGUGAAUGCAGCCCUGGUGUUAAACCAGGUAGAUAGCCUAGUUUGCAAUUAAUGGAACUGAAUCAGACAAAUGGCAGUGUGUAGAAUAAUGUGUAUGAAUGGAUUUUUACCAAAUUUGAUACAGCUUGUGCUUAUGAUGUUCAUGAUAUCCAUUCUGAGAACUAUGGUAUCCAGGUUAUUUCAUUUGUUUUAUCUUUCAGAUGAAAGAUCCUAUGCUCCCCAUAUCCUGUGCUUUCCUACAUUCCAGUUUAGUAAAUUGUUCAUAUUACUUGUUUAAUCUAAUCCAAACUAUGAUCCUUACUUUUAAUAUAGUUCAUAUCAAACUAUAUUUAUUUAAUAUAGUUUUAUAACUGAUGCACAUCAAUGUUAAUAUUCAUAGCACAGCAUUCAUA